UCUUAUGGACUCAUUCUCAAAUGGCAAUGGUGCUCGUCUGACAUUGGGUUCUGCCGUUUUAGUCUAUUUGAUUGCCUACAAUGAAACGACAGCACCAUGUGUGGUUUUGGCCACCAUGGCCGCUACAAUGUAUGCAGCUUUGGCGGCACGCUGCAAAACAAGUCUGAGAUCCCUACAAAUGCCUUAUAUACGGGCCAGUAAUAAAUUUGACUUCGGUUGCCUUUUUCUGGCCACAUGGAUGGAAAUGUUGUCGGUGUUGUGUGCCUGUGGGGCACUGACGCGAACGCUGAGCAUGUGUUUGGAUGCCAUGACUGGUGGUUUGGCACGUAUUAUGAUUUUGGGCCGUAAUUCACCAGCCAACGAACCCUGGCCAGAUGUCUUGGGAGUAGCUGUGGUAUUUCUUGUGACCGGCAUGUUUAUGUUAGGCCUAGAGCAUUCAAAGGCAUUCAGUUUUAUAAUGGCAUUGGCCAUGUUCGGUUUAAAUGCCAUUUUAAGUGCCGUUGGCUGGUGGAAUGGCGAUGCUAUCGCUUGGCAUGAGACUCUAUUGCAGCCGAGUGGUUUCAAAAGUUUACUUACCGCCACUGCCUUAUUGACGUUUUCCUUCCCAGUGGAAUGUCCAAGCCCAAAAACCGGAUGGAAACGAUUUACCGGAUUAUUUAUGAUAUUGUUUGUGACAAUAUCACUGCUAUUGGCUUCCGGUUGUUUAACCACAAUAUUACAUUACAAACCCAUAGAGGAAUAUGCAGCCGUCCCAUUAUUUCAUAUAUUAGAUGAAAAUAAUUUCCAUAAAUUAGUACCCGCAGCUGCCUGUAUGCUAAUGUUAACAGUAACCGGUGCCUUUUUGGAAUUAUUUCCGGAAUUAUAUCGCAUUAUAGUGCGUUUUGCAACAUCCGAAUGGAGAAUCUUAACGAAGCAGAUAUCGUAUGAAAGUUCGGAAAGUGGUAAUCCAGUAUUGGCGGUUUUUAUAGCGGGAAGUCUUUGUGCUAUGCUGGCAUUUGCUUGCCCUUUGCAAAAUCUCUCCUAUAUGCUGGCCGCCAGUCAUUUGUGUGCCGUUUUCUUCCGAGCUUUCUAUUUGCUCUAUACGCCAUUCCGUCCGAAAUUUAUAUUACAGUGUAACACAGAUUCUUCAUUAUCGUAUAGCCGCUUGAACACGGAACCAAUUACCCAUAGCUCAUCAUCCACACGCCUCAAGCGCAGCCUAUGGAAUCUGAGUGUUGGCAAACAGGCUCCAAAUAAAAAACCCAAAGCUAAAUCAAAAAAUAAACAGGAAGUAGAAAAGGAAUGGCUACUACUGGGUGAGCCCACAUCACCAUGCCCUCAGAGAGAAACAAAAGAUGUGGAGUCCACAAUACUAUCAGAUGGAGAACCUCCGCCUUCGGAUUUUGAAUAUCCUGACAAGUUUGAUAAUAGCGACUCGGAUACUUCUACGGAUAUUGAUGCCAUCGUUGAUGAAUAUCGUCAAAAGGUCAAGGUGGCCACAGCCGGUCCAUUAGAUAGGACGGCUCGAAUACCCACAGUUUCGUCGUGGCGUGUUACCAUAUUCGCCAUUGUGGUUGUGUUUUUGGGUAUUGCUUUGAGUUUGGCGGGUAUUUUUAUGCAUUGGGCACCGGCGGCAUUGACGGGAUCUAUAGGUGUCUUCAUAAUUAGUCUCAUGAUGCCGCUGAUACCUAAAUACACAGGCAGUGUGGUGAAUGUCAGUCCCGUCAUUUGUUGUUCAGCCAUAUUUAUUGGCUGUAUACUGUUCGCUUCGUGUGCUCAAUAUGCCUGGCCGGCAAUUGUUUUCUGGAUUGUAGCUGGGCUCAUCAUGUUAAUACGUUGUGAUAAUAUUUGUUGUGAUUGUCUCAGUCAGGAUGGCAGUGGAUCGUUAAAUGAACAACUAUUACCCAAUGUCUCCGCGGCAUCAGCAUCUGGAACCGCAGGAACAACAACAACAAUACGUAUGCCAAGACCCCCAAAGGGUUUCAUUACAAUACCCACACACAUUAAUGCACCCAGAUGACAUUCAGAGUCCUCGGAGGGUGAAGAUUUAUUUAAUGAGGACUUUAAUAUUCGUGAUUUCGAGGAAGGCGAUGAGGAUGGUGAUCCUAAUGGAGAUUGGACUGAAUGA